AUGAUAUUCUCAUUGAAAUAUCUAGAUCGAUAUGACAGAUUAAUUCGUCUCGUUGUAGCUCGUCAUGUUUCAACAAAUCGAAAAGAUCGAAGUCAUCAUCACCAUCAUCAUUCACCGUCGAAUGCUCUAUCCUUAGUACCAAAUAACAAUGGAAAUAACGAAUCGAUUUCAACAUCGUCAUCAUCCUCUUCUAAUGAUCAUAUCAAACGGCCUAUGAAUGCAUUUAUGGUUUGGGCUCGAGAAGAACGGCGAAAGAUAUUAAAAGCUUGUCCAGAUAUGCAUAAUUCAAGUAUCAGUAAAAUCCUGGGUGCUCGAUGGAAAGCAAUGAGUAAUGAAGAGAAACAACCGUAUUACGAAGAACAGUCACGUUUAAGUAAAGUUCAUAUGGAGAAGUAUCCUGACUAUCGUUAUCGACCCCGACCGAAACGAACCUGUGUGAUCGACGGUAAGAAAAUGCGUUGGUCGGAAUACAAACAAAUAUUGAAACAACGAAAACACAGCCCAUACGAUGAUCAACUGUCACCUGAUAAUGGUGAAUAUCUAAAUAUCAAAGAAGAAGAUGACGAUGAUAAUGUCGAUGAUGUUGACGAUGAAUGUAGUUCCGAUGGAAGUGACAACUCACAGAAGGCGCUCGUUUUUGCUGACUAG